AUGCACUUCCGAUCUGCUGCACACGUAGCUGCCGUGCUCGCGUUCAUUGCGCUCACUGAGGCAGCUCCUACAACUAUUCAGGCUUCUUCAAAUGCCGGCUCGCCUGCCUCUGAUGUUUACCCUCCGUCUGGCAUUAACUCCUCACUCUUUCCACCGGAGUCGGUGGUGGGCUUCCCCGGGCCAACACCGACUGGCGUCGAGCCCAAUGCCAUUCAGACGGCUCCUUCGUACCCUUACAACCAGAAUGAAGCCAAGUCGUUCCCUCUGAUUGCUCCGCAACCCCACGGCAACACCAAGCAUUCCAAGUUCGACAUCACAAGGUAUUGGGGCAAUCUGUCUCCGUGGUACUCUCUGCGUUCUGAAGACUACGGCUUGCCCGAUGCGAACCCUCUAGUCCCUGAGGGCUGCGAAAUCACUCAGAUGCUGCUGUUGUACAGACAUGGUGCUCGUUACCCUACAAGUGGUGCCGCGCCGGGCACCUUCGCCCAGAAGGUUGUGAAUGCGACAAAGGCAGGUGGUCUUGCUUUCUCAGGCGAGCUGUCUUUCCUGAGCGACUGGACCUACAAGCUCGGUGCCGAGCUCCUCACACCGUUUGGACGCAGCCAAAACUUUAUGCUGGGUGUGGAGUACAGGCAAUUGUAUGGACAUUUGCUCAACAACUUCACCGCUUCGGACAAGCUGCCUGUGUUCCGCACUCAGAGUCAGGACCGCAUGGUCAAGACGGCGGAGAACUUUGCUGCUGGCUUCUUUGGUGUCCCUGAGUACAUGAGCGAGGUCAACAUCGAGAUCUUAGUCGAGACACCUGGCGUGAACAACUCAGGCGCUCCUUAUGAGGUCUGCUUGAACUCGAACGUCGCCAGUAAAGGAAGCAUUGGAAGCACCGUGGCCGCAAAGUUUGCCGUCAAUGCCUUCAACUCCACUAUUGCCCGUCUCCAGUCUCAAGCCAAAGGUAUCAACUUCACCGCGACAGACACCAUCGCCAUGCUGCAGCUCUGCUCCUACGAAACCCACGCACUAGGUUACUCCGCCUUCUGCGAUCUAUUCAAUGAAGUACACUCCCCUCACCCUUUGUGUCCACACAUUUUAACAUCCCCUCAGGAAGACUUUCUCAACUACGAGUACUACUAUGACCUCACCUUCUACUACAACAACGGCCCCGGCUCGCCCGUCGCCGCAGCUCAAGGCAAGGGCUACCUGGACGAAUACCUCGCGCGCUUCACGGGCCAGUACCCCUCUGCUCAAUCCGCACUAAACGAGACGUUCGACAACAGCUCGACCUACUUCCCGCUCACGCAGUCCAUCUACGCCGACGCAACGCACGAAGUCGUCGUCCUCGACACGCUGAUGGCGUUCAACCUGACGGCGCUGUUCAACGGGCCCCCGCUCAGCCCGGCGGGGAACAGACACGAUAACUCGUUCGUCGCGAGCAGACUCGUGCCGUUCGCGACCCACUUCACAACCCAGGUGCUUGAGUGUCCCGCCAAGAGCCCAAGCAAGCAGAUGCGCUUCAUUGUCAACGACGCAGUGGUCCCCAUCCAUGGCUCGCACCCCGGAUGUCCCAAGGACAAAAACGGGCUGUGCAGUUUCGACAACGUGGUCAGCGUGCUGAAAAAGCGUAGCGCGGAGAUCGACUACGCAUAUGAUUGUCUGGGCAACUACACGGCGAGUCCGGGGAUGAACUACAACGGGCGGGCGCCAAGGUCAUAG